CGAUCCGUGGUCGCGCGACGCAUCGUCCAUAUCUCGCGCGAGUGCCUGCAUGUAGCAGCCGUUCGCAAGAGACCUUUCGAUUCCUCUCGACGAGGAGUCGGUUGCGCUCGUUCCGUCGCGGACGACGGAGCCGCGGGUCCGGAGGGAGGAGGCUGGCUCCUCGAGCAAAGGUGGAGUAAAGAAAGACAUCCAGGAGGGAGGGCCAUGCCAGGGCUAGGCGCGCACUGGUGACCUAGCACUCCCGACCGGGCGGCCCUCGAUGCUUACGCUACGGCUGGUGUCGACGCACUUUCUGAAGCAGCCAUAGGCAGUGCCGAGUGCCCGAAGAAAGGGCCUAUAAUGUGCCGCGACAGGGACAUGGACCCGGAAUCGGUCGACUCUCGACACCCCCCUCGCUCGGCCGUUUGACUUCACCCGCGGCGGGGCCCCCGACUUCGACCCCCUUGGUGCGCCCAGUUUCCCCGAGUUCCGAGUUCCGACAGCAGGGCGAGACCACCCCGAGGAGGCUGUCCGGGACGGCCCGAGGGCUGUACUCGGGACGCGUCAACCUGUGGAGAGUCGCGAGAGAGUGUAUCUGCGGCAGCGGGUCGCGGUGCAGACGGAGUGGGAUGAGACGCCCUCAGCAGGAACCUCUUCAUCGUCAUCAUCACCAACACCCCGGCUCGACCGGCAGCCCCUCGCGGUCUCGGCAAGCCCACGAAAAGGACGAGUCCCGGCUGGCGCGAGUGAAGCGCGUCCUCGCGGGAUCUCUCCUGGGCCGCAAUGGCGGGGCGACUCGCGUCUUCGGCGCGAGGCUGGACCUGGUCGACGCCUACCUGGACACCGGAGUGCCCUACGUGGUGCACCGGCUCUGCGGCUACAUCGAGGCCCACGGCUUCGAGAGCGCGGCCGUAUUUCGGCUGUCCGGGGGAAGCCCCAGAGUGGCCGAGAGGCUGAGGACCUCCUUCGAGCGGAGGGGGGACGCCGACCUGGAGGGCGCGGCGUGUCCCACCACCGCCGCCACCCUUCUCCGGCAGUACCUGAAGGAGCUUCCUCAGCCGGUGGUGCCGUCGCCCCUCGUCGGCAAACUGCUCCACGUCCACGCGAAGGAGCACGCCAAGGAUCACGAAUCUUGGAUAGCCUCGACGAAGGAGUUACUUUCCACCCUACCACCUUCCCACCACCGGUUGCUGGGAUAUCUGACGAUUUACCUGAGCAAGUACGAGGCGAGACACGGACGCAGCGCCGGAGUAUGCGGAGUUUUCGCGCCAGUCGUUCUUCCGCACGUUCCUCCCGCAACGAUUCUCCUCCGCGACAUUCUGGCCGAGGCGACGGUCCUCUUUCCCGACUGUGUCAGAGAAUCGACGGUGAACGGUUCGAUCCCGAACGACUGCAAGGUCUGCUGCAAGGACUCGAAGGAGGAACGGAAGGACCUCGAGGGGACGUCCCUGCUGUGCGCGCUGAAACCGCGCAAGCGCAAGGAACGUCGGGAAUCCUGCUGCCAGGAGCGGAAGCUCAUCAGAAGCAACAGCGAGGAACGCAUUUUGGAUAGUGCCGAUAACACCGCGGAAUCCAUUCGCAGAGUUAGCAGCCACGAGGACUUCAACAGUUCGAAACAUUUGCAAAUUUUACCACAAAUCGGCCAAGAGAUGGGUCACGGAGUGAGAUGCGGAGGUUUGCCUCUCCACGAAAGAACGAACGUCUCGCCGGUUUUCGCCAAGCCGUCGCCCGUUCCGUCGCCCUGCGAGGCGGUUCUUGCAGCAGAAAGAUUCGAAUGCGACGCCGAAUUCCUGAGACGCAGCGAGCGCUUCAGCAGAAGCAUCACUCCCAGGGGAAGACGCCAAGCAAGGCGCCGAAAGGUUCACCAAGGCCCGGACGUGGACCGAAGUUCAAGCAAAGAGAACCAAGAGGCCCCCGAGAACAUCUACGCUCUCUCGCCGAGUCGAAACAGCCACAAUGGACCUUCCAGGCAGAGCUUUUUAGAGAUGCUGAGCAGUGGACCGAGCAGGUCCCCAUCGCCAGCUCGACCUCCGACUUUCGACCCCGAAGACACCAAUAAUCCUAGCUUGACCAACUGGGGUUUCCAGCAUCGAGAGGGAGACGACGAGGAAACGAACGACAGAGUGGAAGCCAUGUUGUCCCCGAGAAAUUCUCUGCUGAUGCCCCGAAGGUUCUACUCGGAGAACGACCCACCGAGUGUUCCUGGUCCGGCCGAGCACGGGCUGAAGACCCUGACGAAGCACAUAAACGGACUGAAGAAAAAGAUCAAGAAAUACGAGGACGAGUUCGAGGAGAACUUCGGCUACCGACCCAGCCACUCCGACAAGAUGAGCAACCGGGACAUCAAGAGGCUCUGCUCGGAAUUAAACAAGCUGAGGAAGGAGCACAAGAUGCUGAAAGAGGACCCUAUCGGGGCACUUCUGGCGAACGCUAACAACAGGCUCAACGAUGCCGACCCUCCCACGAACAACAACAACAGCCCGGAGAAGUCCAGGGCUACCUCCAUGGAAGAGAUGGUUAAUGACGUCGAGCGCAAACUCAACGAGAAGCGAAUCAAGUGCAACCGACCCGACAACAUGGAAGAGUUGACGUACGAACAGCUGAUGGACGAGAAAACGGCAGUCCAAAAGGCUUUGCUCCACAUCGAGGGAGCUUUCGGAAGACCGGUGUCCAAAGAGGACAGAACCGUCGUGAGGCCGCUUUACGACAGAUACAGAACCCUGAAGAGGCUGCUCAUCAGAGCGGGGGUGGCUAAGAACAAGGACAGUAUUUCCGAGUUGGCAACCAUUUUGGAGCACGAAGCCAUGGACUUCACCUCGUCUACGAUACCCGCGAAUACGACGGACGGGGAGAGACGCGCCAGUGAGCCAGACAUGUCGCAUCGUGGCAUCCUUGACUGCAUCGAUUCGACGGAUCAGCUGCCAACUGACAGUGACAGUCAGCACAGCAGCAGCGAAGGCAGCCGCUGUAUGGGGGAAAGUUUGCACGCCCUUCCUCAGGACGAGUUAUUGGCCCAGCAGAGAGUCACCCGGGAGGAGAAGAAGCGUCUUCGGAGAGCCCUCAAAGAAUUGGAAGCUCAGUUCGAGGCUCGAGCGGGACGUCGCAUGCAGCGGGAAGAUCGGGGCCCUCAAGUGAUGACAGUCUACGAAUCUUACAAACAGACCAAGGCCAAACUAAGACUGAUCGAUGCCCUAAUCGCCAAAAACGCCUGACGCAGUAUCUAAGUGCCGAGGGCCGGUCGUCAUCCGUUAUUCGAGUCGCGAGUGAAUGCCUAACUGCGGAUGGAAAUUCCCAAAUGCGUUCUCGGCUGGGGGCGCAUUUCUCGAAUCACUUGUGCGGAAGGCCUGGUUCCUUCCGGAAGGUACCGCUGCAAGAAGAGAGUUUUGAAAAAAUGGUCCGCAGAGGCUGGGAUUCGCGGAGUAUCCCGCGAUGGGAAAUCGAUCUUAAUUGCCGCUAUCGUUGAAAGAUACGCUGCGAGGUAUCCAACGCGUUUUCCCUGUUUCAUCCGUGUCACAGAGAUUACGAGAUCUACAGAAAUCUUGAUUCGAGGAACCUUCUUUCUACAACCCUUCGCGACGAAGAGAACUCCCGGAUUCUGUUCGCAGUUCCAAAGGGUUUCUACGAGAACAACGACGAAAGCUUGGGGAAGGAUUUAACGAUACCGGAAGAGAAAAAAUCGUGUCUGUGAAUCGCAUCGGCUUAAAGGAGGAGUUUUCGAGGUUCCGAAGUGAGAAGAAACGGCGCUUCGGGGUGAAUCGACUUUGGAUUGUUGACAAAUUGGGGAGGGAGAAGAAGCCGUUCAUAUCGCUGAUUCGGUGAUCCACCAGGGUGUGUCUCACGGCCCGAAUUUCUAUUGAAUUUUAAUAAUCGAUUCCUAGGUGGUAAUGUCCCCGUUAACUAAACGUUAAGUGUCGCCUGUCACUGCGCCAUGUUGACAGCGGUUGCGAGCCUCCGCCGUUUUGGUCUCACGAGUAGUGACGUCAUUUAGAGCAAAGAGCAGCGAUGAUAAUCUAGCGCGAUAGUUUCAUACGUCGUUUAAGAACCGUUCAAGAUGUAGAAUCGCCACACCGUAGGGGAAGAAACUAGAGCAUACGGUGGAUCGAUCGAAGAUCUAAAUCCACAUUCUCAGCGAUACGAUGAUCAGCAAAAUAUCACUUUUUGCGACCUCUCGAAGGCUGUAUUUUCUGGGCAUCGGUCGAUUCGCUUAUAUUUUAUCGGAAACCUUUCCCAAGUGAAAUCAAUUCGCGAAUAACCGUAAGAAAUUUGCGGGCAAAAGUGCAAUAUACAUAAAAUGACUUCUCACUUUUGUAAAUGCCUUCGAAUUUCUUGCCGUCUGAGGAAACGAUUUACUGCCAUCGCUGUAAAUAUGUUCCGACUUGGUUUCUAAGUGAACUUUAUUGACUUUGUGAAUUUUUUUUUUGCUGUAGAUUUUUGUAAAUUUUACUUCCACCCACUUGUACUCGGUUGGUUAAAUUGAUUUGAAAGCUCGUACAUCCGCAUAUUAAUUAAGCAUAGAACAUUUAUAGAAAUGCUUAGUAAAGGUUUCGAUUGCGGUAAAAAUAACGAGAUGUCACCUAUUGCACAACUGAAUGAAAUGUUUACUUAAGGUAAUUCCUUUUUAUUCAACAAUUUCUCGAGAGCCACGCGAUCGAUGCCCUGAUCGUAUCCGCCAAAAUAUCUUGAUCACCGGAAAUACUUGUAUAAAAGAAUUUCGAUCGCACCACUAGGCGCAAGCGUGACGUUUUUCACAAUGAAAAAAAAAAAAAAGAAAGAAAGAAAAUAAAUAAAAAUAAUUAAGUACUCACUUAUAUACACGAAACCGAAAACCAAGGGUUAUCAGAAGAAUUUUAACGAAUGUAUUUCAUCGUUUUGUACGUACUUUUGUCCCGACGCAGUGUCUCUUUUGUACGAGGAUUUUUCGCAGCUUUUUUAUACAAGGAACUUUGGUUUCUCGUUUCGUGUCCGCGCUUGCGCAUCCUGGAGGCCUCGAAGAGUCUAUUGUCAUAUUUAUUUGUAUUUAAGAAUCGCUUCUAUCUUAACCACUUUAACGAGAGAUCUGUAUAAUUAUAUUGAUAACGGAGUAAAUGUUUUAUUAUAUAGUGGAGAGAGACGAAAGAUAGAGGUAUAAGUUUCCUUUGGUUCCCGCCGAGAUGAAACGCCGGUUAAUGGUAAUUUGUAUAAUAAAAGUGUACCUUGGAAGAGAUAUCACAUGUUGUAAUUGUAUGAGAGUACUAUAGUAUGUUAACGAUCUGACAACUCGUGAAAAUAGGACACGAGAGAGACAGUGGAAACAAAGACUUGCUUUUAACGAGACGUUCUCAUCUUAAUUAUUUUUCUCGAGGUAGAUGUUCUUCAGCGUUCAAGAGUGUUAUAAAUAAAAGUAACGGUGCUUUGCUUUAAAACGUUAA